CUCUGAUCCCCAGUUCAGUCACACAGUCAGAGGGUCCAGGGUCACAUCUAUCUCAUUCUCUCAUCCUCUCUGAGACACGAUGUAUCUCUUCUGGUGGAUCACCCACAUCUUUCUAUCCCUCCCUUCUCUCCUCUCUCUUGUCCAAUCCCUCACAUGCGACAAGGAGAAACAGUAUGCUUGGCCACAGUCAGUAAGCCAAUGGUGCUGCAACAAGUGUCCACCAGGUCAGUAUAUGGUGAGACGCUGCACUGGUCAGAACAGCCCAACCCAGUGUGAUGACUGCAGCAACGGCUACUACUCAGACAGCUACAACAUCGACAGCAGCUGCAAAUCCUGCAAUGGCUGCAGCAUGAGUGAGCUGGAGUAUGUAUCUCGCUGUUCGAACAAGAGAAAUGAUGUGUGCAGCUGUAAACAAGGCUACCGCUGCAGAGGCAGUGGCACGUGUCUGGACUGUGAGGAGAACCCCAGCCCGACCACACCCAUCAUGCCAGCUACAGUGUCAAACCACUCGGUGCCUGGCAUCCCUAACCAUAGAGCUGAACCUGUCACCGAACCUGGUACUGGGCCCAGCACAAAACCAAACCAAGAUGAUAGCAAGUGGCUCCCGGUGUGUGUGACUGCAGUGUGUGUGUGUGUACUGCUCACCUGCCUUGUUGCCAUCUCAAAGCUCAAACCUGUUCUGCGAUGGAUUGGUUCAACAAACAGCUUCUGGUCUUCCAAAAAGAUGACUCCAGCCAAUCAGAGCACAGCGGAAGAGAAAGUGCCCAUGCCGGUCCAGGAAGUGUGUGGAAAGCCAGAGCUGCUACUGGACGUAUGAUGGAGGAAGUGGGUGUCGAAGGAGAGGAUGAGACCUCACAAUGGGACAGCGAGCUGGGAGACCCGAGAGACAAACAGACUACCUCACAUUCCCAUUGAUGUGAAGCCAACCUUAAGGCUAGACAGGCUGCUGUAUUGUUGUUAUGCAGUGGCUUCUGUAUCUAGGGCUUUCAGAGAGGACAAGAAAAUAGGACAAAAGACACUUUGAAGUAUGAAGACACAGGCUAAAGAUGAGAGGGGGGGGGUGUAUGUGACCGAGAAAGAGCGGAGAGUGAGAGUAACUGGAAGAGUGUGAACGAGAGAGACAGAGAGAGACAGACACGUACACAUGCGCACGCACGAAUGCACACACACACACAAUCAUUUGUGUGCUGAAUACAUGUACAGUACAUGUUUAUGUUGAAGAUGUUUUACACCUUCGUUACAAUUAUGCUUUUUGCUGUAUCUAUGCUUUAUGCUAGUGUAUACUCUUACAUAGUAGUGGUUGUUUAAAACAUACAGUGCUGUAUUUUCAA